GACAAGACGUCAGGUCAGGCAGCAAGGUUCAAGUUGUGCGAAUCUCGACCUGCUCCCCAACUUCAACAAAAUUUGGAGUCACCCUUUUUCCUUUAGCAAUGUACGAUUGAAGCGGAGACACGCAUAUGAAAGGCGCGCCGUCUGCCUGAUUGCCGCAAAACGCGUUGUUUUUCUUGCGGGCUCAGCCGGCAGUUGGACUUCGUUGUCUCGGCUUCCACCUCUUCCCAUCGUCGUCCUCCUUCCGAGGUGUCCCAUCUAUCCUAUUUCAACUUGCAUUUUAGGAUUUAGACCAUGGACGACACCUCUCUACCCGAAGCUGUCGCUGCAGCAAUCCCUCGAGCACUCGACAACGCAAGCGUCUGGCAUAACUUUACAACAUGGACCGCCCAGCACUUCGGACUCGCUGUGAAUAUAUCAAGGCUCGCGCCGUCGCUGGAGGAUCUCGUCUGGGCAGGGCCUCGCAUGGUUAUGAAGCUGGGUAGGCUAGGCUCUUUUAUUCCAGUCCCAGACGCCAUUGAUGCCUUCGGCCAGCGGGUCGUGCCCGAUGCCACCGACAUGGACUUCUUCCCUACCUCGGGCGUCGCCGCAGAAAGCCUGGCAGGAACCCUCAUCGAGGCUACUACAGCAACGGAUUCCACAUCCAUGACCGCCGCCGCUGCCUCCGCCGCUGUCGACUCUGUCUCCCAGAAUCCGAACACUUUCGUCUCGCGGUUCUCGAUGGAAGGCGCAAAGGGGAUAGGGGGUGUCUUCAGCUACGCUACGAGCAAGUGGGCACUGUGCUGCAUCGCCAUGGCCAUCAUCUUCAACCGCACGCACAUCUUCGCUGCUACCCGUCGGCGGCUCCGCCUUCGAUGGCCCGUUCGGCUGCUCUUGCGAGCCGCGCCCAUCCUACUACUUUUAGUUCAAGCCCGAUGGAUCCUGCAGUCGAUGCAGUGCCAGACCUCAUCCGACUUCAGCGAGCUGCGGUGGGGGAACGCGAGCAAGAGCUCCGACUUGAUGUUCGCAUAUCCGAACCCCAUGCUCAACCGCUUGAGCUCGGCUCUCCUCCUUGGCGCGACGGAUGAGCAGUCAUGCCGCUCCGUAAAAAUGGUCGCGUGGGAUGACCGGGAGCAGCCCGAGCUGGUUGGAUCUCUGUCUCGUCUAUGGCCACUCUUCGGGACGCUCUGCUUGAGUCAGUUCGUCGAGGUGCUCUCCUGCGCAGUACAGGGCCGCCCAGUGGCUGCCGAGACGGGAAUGACGCUUUUUGAGCACUCGCUUGCCUUUGCUGAAGCGGAUGCUGCCAUAAGCAAUCAGCUAGGAUGGGGUCUCUUCACCAAUGGUACCGCAGCGUCGCAACCAGCACUUGGAUCCAAAAUCGCGCUCACUAGGUCCAUGAUUCUGAGGCGAGUCAACACUCCUCCCGAGGUACUUUUGGUUGCUUUCUUUUCCGCCAUGAGCCAUGUCACGAGCCACAUCCUCGGCGUGUUUGGCUUGCAGUCCAAGUUUCGCCUCAUCAGCACGGGGUUCUGGGGACUUUGCUUCAUGGCUAGUCUCCUGUGGAGUGCCCUCCAUUUCUCGGCCGACGACCCUUCGGCUCAAGGCUUGCUGAGGUUUCCGACAGUUUGCAUCAUUGGCUUCAUUCCUCACAUCCUCAUCCUGUGUGGGAUUUAUGCCUGCGGAGUCGUCUACGCCGCAGCCCUCUCGUUGUCAGCCCUGGCUACACCGGAAGGAGAAGUUACUGGCGAACGGCUCUCCCUCCGACAACGCCUUGUGCGUGCCCAUGGCAACAUGCAAGCGAACGUUUCGCUUUCGGAUAUACGUAUCCGGAUGGACAUGGACUUCUAUACGGCCCUUUUACGUGCCGGCUUUGGCGCCAUCACGAUGGCCAGCGAGGCCGUCUACCUUAACGAGGACCACCAAGUGAAUCUGAAAAGGUACACAUGGCUGGAGGAUGAACGGCUCCGCGAAAUGGAGGAGUUGAGGAUGCAGUGGAUCGGUGGCGGAAUUCCCGGAUCUCGGUUUGACUCUAUCGGCACCAUCGGCCUUGUUCCGGUCAAGGAUGGGCAAAGCAGUGCCAUGAGCGGCUAUGCGAGGGAGAAAGCAGCUCAGCAAAUUCCAAAGAGCACCACGUCCACCAGGCGAAUUCGGGACGGUGUGGGCGCUGCAGAGCGGAGCUCAAGGUGGCUCAUAGCGUUGGAGUAUGUGUUGUACAUUUUCAAGCUUGUGCUCACCGUGUGGGCAUUAGUAACGAUCAAGACGAUGGCGGCUUUCGGCAUGCGCACGCCGCCAAGGUGGCUCCGGGGCCUGUCGCAGAGACCCAAAUCCGAACCGUCCUCGAAGAAAUCCGGACGCAAGGGCCGCGGGCUGAACGUUGAUGUUCUCUCUCCUGGCGAAGGCAAGGUGUUUUUCGCCAUCCCUCGGACGGAUCAAGUGGAUGUGGAAGCUGAACUACGCCGUCGUAUCAACGAAGACAGCGCCGAAGGCGAACCAGACCGACCGAACCAUCCGGUUGAUGAAGCAGAAGUGGAUUCGAAACUCUACAGCUACUUUCUCAGGGGCGGCUGGUGGGGAGAUCGAGACUCCAGCGGCGACUAUGCCCCGCCCACCCCUCAGGCCCUCAGCACUGGCGUUGAUGAAACAGAUUUUGAUGACACUACCAGCGUCAUAUCCACAACCGAGACCGCCAGCGAACUCGACUGGGAAUCUGACCACCACGCCGACCACCUUGGUAACGGCCAGCGCACGCCCACCCAGCGCAACCCCGGCCCCGUCUCCUUUGCCUCAGCCGCAGCCUCAGCGCGCGCCUCCCGCGAAUCGACCCCUUUCCUUGACACUCCCAUAGCGGCCAGCGACCUGGCCCGGCUCCUCCACCCGCAGAGCCCGGAGGACCGGGACGAAGCCCUCUCUCUCGCCGCACAUCUUUCCAGCGACGCCAUCAUGACCCGCUCCCGCUUCAGGCAGCAGCAGCAGCGCCAGCGCGCCCAGGUACUGCUCACUAACAAGCAAGCCCUCGCCUCCCGCCGCAGCGCCACCGCCGCCGCCGCGGGGCCCCACGAGAAGAUGACGCCGGACGAAGAAGCCCGCAUGCUUGAGCAGCUCCUCCUCUCUCGCCGCGCCGCCGCCGCCGGAGGGAAGCCACCACUAUCUUCAUCAUCAUCAUCAAUAGGAGGAGAAGGAGCAGGCGAAGCGCAGGCAGCAGCAGCAGCAGCAGCAGCAGCAGCAGCGAACUCGUCAUGGGCAACAGGCGCGGCGGGGCUUGGGCCUGAGGGGCCGCAGUGUGUCGUGUGCCAGAGCGCGCCGCGGACGAUCAUUGUGUGGCCGUGCCGCUGCCUGAGCCUGUGCGACGACUGCCGCGUGUCGCUGGCCAUGAACAACUUCGACAAGUGUGUCUGUUGUCGGCGCGAGGUGAUUAGCUUUAGCCGGAUCUUUGUUCCUUGAAUGUAUUAUCGUGGGCCGGAGACGGUUCUGUGUGUCUGGCGAUAGUUGCUGUUGUUGUCAUAGCGGGGCAUGGAAUUCGUAGCCCUUUUCUCUCGUUCUUGGUUGUGUUUUAGUCCAUUGUAAUGGCGUUGGCAUGGCGGCAUAUUCGAGAGAGAGAUUUGGCGGUGAUGGUCUGGUUUCCAGGCCUUUCGGCUUGUGGACGAGCGAUCGAAGCAAUACGGUGUAUUCUAGCAGUCAGAUUCCUCCAUUUUGAGUGCACUUGGGACUUGAGCAUCGAAUACUUGUUGAGAGUAUUUCUUUCUACAUCUUCAGAACCAAAGAAAGGGUAUUUCACAGAUC